AUGACGAGUCUUGGUAAAGAGGACUUGCACAGCUCGAUUGGGUUAGCGGAGCUACCCAAGAGUGGCACCGAGAAUGCCUUACACGACCUCAACUCGAAAGACAUGGACAAGGACAUCGACACGUCUGUAAAUGUGUAUGGUGUGGAAGAAGGGGCCCACCCGGACGGGAACAAAGAAGACUUCGAACCCGUUGUCGUGGUCCAAGGCGCAGCGGAAAUUGUUACAGAGAUCAUCGAUGCCCGAGAUGACCCCGAUCAGCCUGUUAUGACAUUGCGAUUCUGGUUUCUUGGCACCGGAUUGGCUUGCUUUGGCUCAGUUCUUGCUGAGAUAUACUAUUGGAAACCACAAGGAGCCACCGUCAGUGCUCUGUUUCAACUGAUCAUCGCAUAUAUUUUGGGGAAGAUUCUGGACAAACUUCCGUCUCACGGUAAAUGGCGGUAUGUCAAUCCGGGGCCCUUCAACAUCAAGGAACACGCUGCUAUAGUCAUCUACUCAUCAACUGCCUCGAUUAUCGCCGAGGCGGUGUCAGUAGUGGCAAUUCUCAAUCUCUAUUAUGGUUUGGACCUCAAUCCAGGUAUCGCCAUCAUACAGACCUGGGCAGCACAAUGUAUCGGAUACGCACUUUGUGGUGUACUUCAAUCUUCGUUGAUCUACCCAACAUAUGCUCUAUGGCCCGCCACUAUUCCCACUAUGUCUCUGCUUCAGAGUAUGCAUUUUGGGGGAUUACUAAACAAAAAGAAAAUGAGAUUCUUCUGGAUAGUCUUCACAGCCAUUUUCUUCUGGGAAAUCAUCCCAUCCUGGAUGUUUCCACUGCUCACCGCAGUCUCCAUUGUUUGCCUCAUUGAUAACGGCAAGCAUGCCUUUGUCCGAAAUCUAUUCGGAGCGGGUUCUUCAAACGAAGGCUUAGGGUUUUUCUCGUUCGGUUUCGACUGGAUCCUUAUCACACAAGCCUUCCCUUUGUAUUGGCCUCUACAGACUCAAGUUUCAGCUUGGAUAGGAAUGUUGCUCUGCUAUAUCAUUGCAACCGGUGCGUACUAUAGUGAUGUCGGUCAAGGGAAAUCCAACGGUCUUCCGUUCAUGUCUACCUCGUUGUUCACCGCGAAUGGUACGAAAUAUGAUCAGACGAAGAUCCUGGAUUCAAACUAUGGUCUGAAUUACACCGCAUAUCAAGAGUAUGGUAGACCCUAUUAUACUUCGACAUACCAAAUGUCCCUCACUACUCAUAAUCUGUCAUGUGGUGCUGCUGUCACGCACGUUAUACUUUGGCAUUACAAGGACAUUAUUGCAGGAUGGGCAGGCAUCCGACGGGGCAACAAGGACCUUGACAUUGACGACGUACAUUACCAGAAGAUGAAGGCUUACAAAGUUGUGCCACAAUGGGUCUACGGAUGUCUAUUCCUUGUCACAGCGAGUAUGGCGGUUGCCAUGGGCACGGCCUAUUAUGGUGGGCGUAACACAAUUCCUGCUUGGUCUAUUCUUUUGUUCAGUUUCAUCGGGUACUUCUUCGCUAUCAUUUUGGGAUUCCUCAAGGCUGUGACUGGGUUCGAUACUUCGAUCAACGGAAUCAUUCAGAUCAUAGCGGCUUUUAUCCAUCCGGGAAAACCUCUGGCCAAUCUGUACGCGUCGCUUUAUGGUUAUUACGCGCCACUUCAGACUUUGUAUAUGCUCAGUGACCAAAAGCUCGGUCAGUAUGCCAAAGUGCCCCCACAAAUUACCUUUGUGGCUCAAUUAGCAGGGACUUUUGUCGGAGCGACACUCAACUAUGUGUUGUAUAAAUCGAUUGUGACACAGAAUCGAGAAGCUCUUUUGGAUCCUCUUGGUACCAGGGAAUGGUCAGGAUGGCAGGUCCAAGGAACAAACUCCAAGGCGGUAACUUUCGGUGCUCUAGGAAAAGAGAUGUACCUCUCCGGGAAACCAUAUUGGUUCAUCCCAGCGGCGUUGGGGAUAGGUCUUGUACUUCCUAUCCCCUUCUGGCUGAUGCACAGAAGGUUUCCUAACCAGAGGGUAUGGAGUUAUCUCAACAUCCCAAUUAUCACUAAUUACAUGGGCUGGUUGGCGUAUUCAGUGAAUGGUAUGUGGUGGCCGGGUGCAAUCAUCGGAUUUGCCUCGCAGUAUUGGGCAAGGAAGUACAGACCUCGAUGGUUCAUCAAGUACAACUAUCUCCUAAGUGCCGCUCUUGACGGAGGAACCCAGGUCAUCUACUUCAUCUUGAAUUUUGCUAUAUUUGGUGCAGCAUCGUCUUCCGUUGCAUUCCCAUACUGGUGGGGCAAUCCGGAUCCCGAUCUCUUAGGAGCCGAUAGGUGUAUGGCACCUGGAUAA